AUGUUUAGAGGCGGGCGACUAGUGGGUUGCGGCCGUGGGUUCCGAUUGGAGAUUCUCACCCCCAGUUCGCAAGCAACUUUAAGCUCCACCCGACCACCCGCAACUUCAAUUUCCGUCAGCCGCCUUCUCCCCUCUGCCCAUAUCCGCUGCCGCCGCUUUCUCAUUGCUCCGUCUUUCUCCCCAAGCUCCAAUCAUCACUGCACCACGCAAGCAGGUAGCUCUGUCUGCGGGUUGCAGCAACUUCCAAGGCUGAAGUCUCCAAGGUUUGAAUUGAGGGAAGUAGAGACGAUGGAGCUCGACUUGACACCAAAGUUGGCGAAGAAGAUCUACGGCGGAGAUGGCGGCGCGUACUACGCGUGGUGCCCCGACGAGCUGCCGAUGCUCCGCGAAGGCAACAUCGGCGCCGCUAAGCUCGCCCUUGAGAAGAACGGCUUUGCGCCCCCUCGAUACUCCGAUUCUGCUAAGGUUGCUUAUGUUCUUCAAGGCAGCGGGAUGGCCGGCAUUGUCCUCCCUGAGAAGGAAGAAAAGGUGCUCCCCAUCAAAAAGGGAGACGCCAUAGCCCUCCCAUUCGGUGUGGUCACCUGGUACAUCAACAAGGACGACCAGGAACUCGUCAUCCUCUUCCUCGGGGACACCUCCAAGGCCCACAAGCGCGGCUCCUUCACCGACUUCUUCCUCACUGGCCCCAAAGGCAUCUUCACGGGCUUCUCAACCGAGUUUGUCACCCGGGCCUGGGAUGUCGACGAGCUCACCGCCAAGGCCCUCGUCUCCAGCCAACCGACCCACGGCAUCGUCAAGCUCGGCCCGAACGCCAAGUUCCCUGAGCCCAAGAAGGACCACUACAAAGGCAUGGCCCUCAACUGCGAGGAGGCUCCCCUCGAUGUGGACAUCAAGGGCGGGGGCAAGGUGGUGGUCUUGAACACCAAGAACUUACCGCUGGUUGGGGAAGUUGGGCUUGGGGCAGACCUCGUCGGGUUGAAUGGUGGAGCCAUGUGCUCUCCAGGCUUCUCGUGCGACUCGGCCCUACAGGUGACGUAUAUUGUGAGGGGGAGCGGGCGGGUCCAGGUUGUGGGUGUGGACGGUAAACGGGUCCUGGAGACGACCAUUAAGGCCGGGAACCUGUUUAUUGUGCCGAGGUUCUUUGUGGUCUCCAAGAUUGCGGACCCGGAUGGCAUGGACUGGUUCUCCAUCAUCACCACUCCCGACCCGAUUUUCACGCAUUUGGCGGGGAGGACUUCGGUGUGGAAGGCUCUGUCGUCCGAGGUGCUUCAGGCAGCUUUUAACGUUCCGGCGGACGUGGAGCAGAAGUUCAGCUCAAAGAGGAAGGCCGAGGAGAUUUUCUUCCCGCCACCUAAUUAG